GUUUUCAAUCUUCAUGUUUUAUAUUACAUUAGAAACGGAAAAUACGGGACUCAAAUAAUUAAUAAAACAAUAGACAUAAUAUUUACAAAAAUGUUUGUUUUAUUUUUGUCAAAUCUGGUAGUAAUUUUAAUGAUAAAGGUUGACCUCUGACAAAAUACAACCUUUCAGAACGAUCAGUUCACCGCGCAGCCGCAAUCAUUUAAAAUCAUGCAAGUGCAGAAUAGUCUUUAGGAAACCUUUAUUAAUAUUAAAGUUAUCAUAGUUUUAAUUUAGAUUUAGUUAGUAAAAUAAAUAAAAUGAUAAGAAAAACUAUUAUAAAGGGAUCAAAAAGAAGCGUUAUUCGCUAUUGUGUUAGGAAUUGAAAUGUUUCAGCAGGGUCGAGUUAUAAUUGUUUGGUUAUCUUGGCUUAUUGGAGGUAUCUGCGGCGUGGUUAUUCUGUUAAUUAUUAUUUGUUAUUGCCGCCUAAUGCCGCGACAUCAGAAAUCAUUCGAUGAACAGUAUUUAAAAGAAAAUUAUACAAUAAAGGAAGGACACAGCUAUACAUGCCAUGAAAGUUAUAGAGUUAAACACACAGAGGUUCAAGUCCAGAGGCACACAAGGCCCGCAAGCUAUGCGGGUGACCCGGAAUGUCGUGCGUCGCGUGCUCAGCCGCAUUGCUACGUUAAUCGGGUUCCAGAACCACAAAGAGAUCAACAACAGUAUGCUUCGAGUGGAAUGCUAGAUGAGAUAGAGGGCGCGGGAAGCAUAGAUGCGCUAAAGACCCGAUCGCUCCCCGCCUUCCUGCGGCCAAAACAACGACCACUAUCAACUGAAGAUGAUUUACAUCAAUUAUAUGCCAAGGUGAAUCUGAGCAAAAAAUACAAAAAUCGCAUGCGAAGUGAGCACGCGGCCAUCAUAGCACUCAGCAAGUCUCACAGUCAGUUUUUGGACGCAGAUGCCGUCAUUGUUUACGACCAGAGAACAGCGCUUUAAGACUCAGCUGACCGACUUCAAAAAGAGAAAUCUCAAAUAGAUUUUUUUGGAUUUGAUGAAAUUCAUAUCAGUUAUAAUAACGUGUGAUAUUUUUUUUUAAAUUUAUUUAUUAGCCGGAUACAAAGUCCAUUGGCACAUGUGAUAAUGUUCUUUAGUGAUGCCUGAUAUAUUUUAUAACUAAACAAUAAAUAAAAUAAAAUGCACUUAUGGGAAUAAACGCUGAUUUGGUCGUUCUUCCAGAACAGCUAGGCAUGACCUCGGGUGUCAUUACAAAUGGUAUUGCCAAAUUCGCACUAAAAACGCUAGACUAUUAAUUCAUCAUUAUUCUUUUGAACGCUGGCAACACCAACAUUCAGCCAGUGACAGAUGUUAUAAUCGAAGAUUCAUUUCUUUAGCAAGGCACUUCGACAAACAUGUAUUUCAAUUCUUCAAUAAAUAAAAUUGCCUUCUUGAAGUCGGUUCAAUGUUAAUAUUAUGUACAACGCUGCAAUAUGUUUUUUAUAUGUAUACAUAUUAUGAUGUAUGAGUUUUUUUAAUAUUUUUGAUGUAUGUUGAUAAUUAUUUGCAAUUAAGCUAAUGAAAGGCAGUUUCUUUUUCUUUUAAAUUUUUUCAUAUAGAUUGAAAUAAAUGUAAAAAGCUCCAUUUAUUUACAUAUGUUAUUAAAAGGGUCCAUGUGAAUACCAUUCGUCUUUUAUAUAAUUGGCUCAACCUUAUAUAAUAUAUUUUUACCUUCUAAGUAUUAUUGUUAUAUAAAUUCUAAAAUAUUUUUGUACAGAGUUGAACACUCUUAGAAAAUUCGAAUUAUGUCACGAAUACCAAAAGGUCAUUUGACACACAUUUCAAAUAAAUAACUUCAUAAAUACAUUUGUUAAUUAAUGGCAGUAAAAAGGUAAUAAAGAAUUUUCAGACUAGGCCUAAACAAAAAUAUUAUCUAUUGAUUAAUGCUCAAAUAUGUCUCACUUUUAUUUUGUCGUACGACUAUAGCUAUUACAUUUUCAAUAACAAAAGUGGUUUAAAUUUAUAAGCUAUCUACUCAAGAUGGCUUGAUUAAUUUUGAGUGUGUUUUGUCUUAUAAUCGUCAAUGUCUACCUACCUACAUAUCAAUACGAUAGUUUAAUAAGAUUUAGUCAGUAUGUAAAUUUACAUAAAAACAUAUACUCAAUCAUAACGUAUUGAAAUCUCUAAUAGCUACAGUAUUUAUAAUAAACCUUUCCUCUCUAAAUCCACAUCAUAUUUAACAAAACAUAUUCAUAUUUAAAAAACUAGUUCUGAAUUCGUUACCAUGGUUACCCUAAUUUUAAUAUCUAACAUCGUAACCAUGGUAACAUAGCUGAAAAUGUUUGCAGCAAUUUGCAAAGUGGGAAAAUAGUUUGUUAGAUAAAUGUUGCUUUGUGAUAUUUUUAUAAUUCAAUAAACUUACUGUUCUUCUAUGAUCUUUGAUCAUGGUUAGUAGGUAUUAGUGUUUCACAAUAGACUGCUAGCCAUCCUAGGAAUGAGGGUCUUAAAUCUAUUAGGCCUUGAACUGGGCUGGAACUGGAUGAUGGUCAGGUCGAAGCAUAGUUCAAUGGUCUAUAGCUUUAGUUAAUUUAACGCCCAAAAUAAAAUUUGUAAGAAUUGUUACUAUAUGUAGCAUUUUAUACGCGACUUUUGUAUAAAACGAAUUUUGUGUAGAGUAAGCAUAAUGCUUUGAAAAAAUGUUGUUUUUUAUAUAAUGGAUAUUUAAUGCUGAAUUUAAAUGCGUCUUUGUACUUAUUUUAUUUUAAUACAUAUAUGAAGUUGUUUAUGUACUGUUUAAUUAGCGAAAUUUUUGACGUUUAGCUAGCAAAAUUGUUUAAUAGUAAUAAUUAUAUAAUUGUUUCAAUUACGAUUUUAUGCGACAAAUGACAAUACUUUUUGUCCUAUAGUGAAUUAUUUUGCUCUUCCAUUUAUGAUACU